AUGAUGAAGCGUGCGGCGGGGAAAUGGGACGAGGGUCCACAGAAAGCAAUCAGCAAACGUCCAUUCUGUUCUGAAAAUGCCACGAGCCGAGCUGCUUCCUGCUCCCCCCUGGUCCCCUGCUCUCUCCUGGUCCUCUGCUCUCCCCUUGUCCCCUGCUCUCCCCUGGUCCCCUGCUCACCCUUGGUCCUCUGCUCUUCCCUGGUCCCCUGCUCUCUCCUGGUCCCCUGCUCUCCCCUUGUCCCCUGCUCUCUCCUGGUCCGCUGCUCUCCCCUGGUCCCCUGCUCUCCCCUGGUCCCCUGCUUUCCCCUGGUCCCCUGCUCUCUCCUGGUCCCCUGCUCUCCCCUGGUCCCCUGCUCUCUCCUGGUCCCCUGCUCUCCCCUGGUCCCCUGCUCUCUCCUGGUUCCCUGCUCUCUCCUGAUCCUUCUGCACCGCGCCUCUGACCAAGGACACUCUCCCACUCCCCUCACCCCCACACUCACCCUGUCUGGGCUGUCGGGUCCCUCUGUUCUUCUUUAUGGAGGUAUCUACUAUUUCUAUAAAGCCAAGACCCUGGUGCUGUUGGUGGAUCCCCCAGAGCCUAGACCCUGGUGCUGUUGGUGGAUCCCCCAGAGCCUAGACCCUGGUGCUGUUGGUGGAUCCCCCAGAGCCAAGACCCUGGUGCUGUUGGUGGAUCCCCCAGAGCUUAGACCCUGGUGCUGUUGGUGGAUCCCCCAGAGCCUAGACCCUGAGCCUGACCCUGUGCUGUUGGUGGAUCCCCCAGAGCCUAGACCCUGGUGCUGUUGGUGGAUCCCCCAGAGCAGAGACCUGGUGCUGUUGGUGGAUCCCCCAGAGCCUAGACCCUGGUGCUGUUGGUGGAUCCCCCAGAGCCUAGACCCUGGUGCUGUUGGUGGAUCCCCCAGAGCCAAGACCCUGGUGCUGUUGGUGGAUCCCCCAGAGCCUAGACCCUGCGGCUCCGUGGUGAGGCCCUGUCGUGUGUGGAUCCUCCUGGCCGUCACACAUCUGACCUUUGAUGUGUCCCUAAGCUCCGCCCCUGGGACGGAGCAGCUCAGACUGACCCCGCCCCCUGCGCCUAGGCCACGCCCCCGAGACUUGUCCAGUUUGCUGCACUGGAGAGCUGUCACCUUCAAAGCGCACCCGGAGCGGCGCCGGCGGGACCCAGGCGAGCUGCUGCGCCUGCUCCUGCGGCCUCGACGGCAGCUCAAUGGAGAAAGCUCCCCCCAAGACGGCCGCACCACCACCGUGUCCGGCUUCAUCGACUGGGGCCCCACGGGCACCGACGAGGGCCCGGCGGGGGACGACAGGAACGUCACGCACUCCACCAGCAGCGGCCAGUCCACCCCCACUCUGCCUCCCCCCACCACGAGCCCCACAUCCCCCCGACACCCGCACAGGACUGUGAGCACGGGCCCCCAGGAGCCCCAACUACACACCACCACCCGGGCCCCGGCCGGAGGAGACACGCCUAAGCCUGAUAAGCCAUACGGGGAAACUCCAGCUCUAUCCGCUCGGGACGAGUUUUACGCCGGGACCUCGGGGAAGUCGGCCUAA